AUGUUUCAGACAGACCAUUCCUUAGUCAAAAGAAAGCUCUUACAAUUAGCAGCAACAGGUAGAUUUAGUUCCUUCACACCAAAACAGCUCUAUACUACAUUUAAACAAUUAUCAUCAUAUCUUUCGCAGUAUGAAGAUAAACUUGACUUAAUCGAGCUAUUUCAGUUAUUUGAACUCAAAUUCUAUCUAUCGAUAUUGACUAAUCACGACAUAGAGGCUAAAAAUAUACUUGACAGGUUGAGUGACCAGUUUGGCCACGAUGUGAAUUCACAACGAAUUCGAAUUCUACAAUCUAUUUACUACGAAGCACAAGGCCAAUUGAAAAAGGCUGGUGAUUUGUUGAGUGAGAAUCCCGAUGAGUUGCAAUUGUCUAGAAGAUUGACCACUUUUGCUCGAUAUGAUCCUACCGCAGAAAAGUAUAUUAAGAAUUUGAAUUUUUAUUUGAAUUUACAACCUGCUGAUGUUCUAACCUGGUGUGAGUUGAGUGAAGAAUAUAGGAAAUUGGGAUUGUAUGAUAAAGCUAUCUAUUGUUUGAAUAAUGUCAUUAUAGUAGAGCCUACUGCCUAUCCGAUUUUUUAUAAAAUUGGACUAUUAAACUAUUAUCAUUUUUUGCAAUUAGAACAAGAGUCGAAAGAGGAUAAUAUCAAAAAGGGUAAGUUGAUUGAAUUGAUGAAUGUGUUGAUUUUAGCGAGAGAUAACUACUUGUACUCAUUGGAGAUAAAUGACAAGUAUGACAAAUCAUGGGUUGGCUUGUGGAGCAUUGUGAAUGCAGGGUUUGCAUUUAAUAAAAAAUUAAAGAAAGUAAGUGAAAGCAGUAAAGCUAUUAAAGAGUAUUUAAACCAAGCUGAUCAAUUGAAAACAAUUGUUGAAAAGAAAUUGAAGCAAUUGGAUAUUGAGAUAGAAAGCAGAGUUGGAGCAAAGGGCUGA